AUGAAUAAUGAUGAACAGGUUGAAAUUCAGGGCAAAUCGGAAAGGAACAUAGGAAGAUACCCAGGGAACGCAAUUGAGAGAAUGUCUCUACUUACAAGGGCACAGGGCGACUACCUGGUGCGAUUUUCUCACCUGGUUUCCGAGCUCUCAAGACAUAAUUCAUUUGAGGCUUCUGUUGAGAAAGGAAGGGUCUUUUCCUCGGGGGCAUUACUCCACCCUAUUCGAUUUGCUCAGAGGUCGAAUGACGACUUCGGGAGGGCGGUGGAAGACCCCGCCCACAAGGGCAAGCUGGAGUAUAUAUAUACAGCCAGGAAGGCGAAGAAAGACAAAUCCUUCCUUCCCAACCUCCGCAGAGAAUCAUGCAGUCUAAGGUUAUCCUUGUCCUCAUUGGGCCUGGCAGCCCUGGCUGUUGCCGACAGAAGAGAAACCUAUUCGUAUUCAGCUCCAAGAGCUCCACCAGCUUCCUCGGAGGAAUCCUUCGAAUCCAGCGAAGCUAAGUACAGCUUCAGCUGGGCCGUGAGCGACGAGUCGUCCGAGAACGACUUCGGACACCAAGAAUCCCGAGACGGAGACGAUACUCAGGGAUCCUACUACGUCCAGCUUCCCGAUGGGCGCCUCCAGAAGGUGUCCUACCACGUCGAUGGCGACGACGGAUACGUAGCCGAAGUCACCUACGAGGGAGAAGCUCAGUUCCCCGAUUCCGUCGAAUCCGCGGAGUCUGUCGAGGCUCCGAGAUACGCUCCACCAAGGCCUCGCUUUUCGGCUCCAGAUUCCAACGAGUCUAAAUAGAUUUAUUUAAUCCUGGCAGAUCUACCAAAUGUAACAUUAUUCUAUGCUGACCUAGCCGUCCAGUUUAUCUAUUGUACAAAUUAUUAUUAAUAUUUAUGUAAUAAAUCUUUGAGGAAGUUA